GAAAUAGUGGGGAACAUGUCGGUUCAGGUUUCGGCAAUUCCAUCUUCUUCUCCGAGCAAAGGAAGAAACGGCGGCAUGGUCGAACGCCGGUGGGCGGAAUAUCAUGAGAGCAUAUGGGGCGAUUACUUCCUCAAAUAUGCUUCUCCCUCCAACUCAACGAAGUUCAACUUCCUUGGAAGAGUGGAGGGCCAAGUUGAGGAAUUGAAAAUAGAGGUGAGGAAGAUGCUGACUGAUGCCGCGGAUAAGCCUUCACAAAUGCUUCACUUGAUUGAUGAAAUUCAACGCUUGGGAAUUGACUACCAUUUCGAGCGAGAAAUAGAUGAGCAAUUGGAACAAAUCCACAAAAGUUACUAUCAACUUGAUCAUGGAGAUUUCAAGGGAGAUGACCUUCACAUGGUUGCUCUUAUGUUUCGACUUCUACGACAACAAGGUUACAAUAUUUCAUCGGAGGUCUUUAACAAAUUCAAGGACAAUGAAAGCAACUUCAAGGAAUCACUCGUCACGGAUGUGCGCGGAUUGCUGAGCUUAUACGAAGCUUGCCAUUUAAGGUGUCAUGGUGAUGCUAUUUUGGAAGAAGCACUUCCUUUUGCUAUAACUUGCCUUGAAUCAAUCGAUGAAAUGAAAGCGAGCACUAGUCUUGCAAAACAAGCGAGUCAUGCCCUAAAGCAGCCACUUCGCAAGGGUUUACCAAGACUUGAGGCAAGACAUUAUAUUUCACUCUACCGAGAAGAGCCUUCCCAUGACGAUGUCUUGCUCGCCUUGGCUAAACUAGAUUUCAACUUACUGCAAGAGCAACACCAGAAGGAACUCGGCGGGAUUACAAGGUGGUGGAAGGACAUAAAUGUUGCGAGGAAGUUCCCAUUCGCUAGAGACAGGAUUGCGGAGUUGUUCUUCCGGAUGGCGGGAGCAUAUUUCCAACCGGAGUUUGCCGUGGCUAGAGAUAUACUAACUAGAUCGACCGCCCUAAUUUCCAUUCUCGAUGAUAUAUACGACGUCUAUGGUACAAUGGAAGAGCUUGUACCCUUCACCGAAGCAAUUGAGAGGUGGGAUGUUGCUGCCAUGGAUGGACUACCGGAGUACAUGCAAGCGCAUUAUAAGGAGCUUCUCGAUCUCUACGAUGAAAUCGGGAAUGAACUGGCCAUGAGGGGAAGAUCGUAUCGCCUCGCCUACGCAAAAGAAGCUAUGAAGAAGCAAGCGAGAGGUUACUUCCACGAAGCCAAAUGGUUCCAUACUGGCUACACGCCGACGCUAGAGGAAUACAUGCCCCUUGCAUUGUUAACGACAGGCUACGAAGUGAUAUCGAUCACAGCACUUGUAGGAAUGGGCGAUGUGGUCACAAGAGAUGCUUUUGAAUGGCUCCUCGGUGACUGCAAGAUCUUGAAGGCUUCCCAAAUCAUAUGUAGGCUCAUGGAUGACAUUGCUUCUCACCAGUUUGAGCAAAAGAGGGGGCACGUAGCAUCUUCGGUGGAGUUGCUCAUGAAAGAAAAUGGUGUCUCGGAGCAAGAAGCCGAGGAGGAACUCCAGAAACGAGUAGAUGAUGCCCGGAAGGACAUCAAUGAAGAGUUUCUUCGCCCGACCGCAGCCCCAACACCAGUUCUCACGCUAAUUCUCAACCUCUCGCGGGUGAUCGAUGUGUUAUACACCAACGGAGAUCAUUACACCCAUUCUAAGACCAAGCUCAAAGAUCAUAUCAUGUCGCUCUUUGUUAGCCCUUUACCGAUUUGAAGUUUGAAUGAAACGGGGUCACACCGGGUCACACCAAUUUGGUAUUGACAAUAAAGGGUCUAUCAAUCGUGCCUUUGAUCUCUCUAUUUUCCUUGGAUGAAUGAGGGAAAGUAUCAUUACUAGUAAUGUACUUUUAAAAUUGAUUUGUGUGAUAAAACUCAUAAUUUCUUUUUUA